UCUCUGUGCAACACAGAAGUCACAAAGGCACACCACUCUGGUUGUAUCGAACGAGAGAGAGCUUCAAUUCAGGAUUUUGAUCGUCGUCAAUUGUGUUCCUCGUUUGUAUCGGCUGCUGUGUUCUUCUGGGCAUUUCCUUUUGCAGUCUGUAUUUGCUUUUGUCGUGUUCGAAUAAUCUCCAUCCAUGGCUUCCUGUAGCCUAGGAGUUCCUAAAAUCAAGAUUCCGGCAAUAAACAUCAGCCGAGGAAGAUCCGGAAACUUUCUGAUACCGGAACAUCAAAGGCUUUGGCUCGGGCUUAAGCCUUUUAAAGAUUUCGGUCCGAGGACGACUCUGCAAUCUGUGAAAACCAUCCAAAUUUCCGCUGUUCCAGUGACAGAAACUGCUGCCUUCUCCACAACGGCUAACAUAGAUGCGGUAAAAGAUUCUGAAGAAACGAAACCAUCUGGAUUGACGAGCCGGCUCAUUCCCAAACCUUCUGAGGUCGAAGCCCUUGUGACCGAAAUAUGUGAUUCCACAUCAAUUGCAGAGUUCGAGCUGAGGCUCGGGGGGUUUCGCCUUUACGUUGCGAGGAACUUAGCUGAAAAAAGCAGCCCUUUGCCUCUGCCAGUUCCUGGUGCUGUCACCGCGGGUUCAACUACUGAGGGGCUUGGUACCAAUGGAUCAGCCUCUUCUCCUUCAUUGGCCAUCACGAAAGCCCCUUCUUCCUCUGGUGGAAUAGAAGCAGUUGUUGACAGAGCUGCCGAUGAGGGUUUGGUGACUCUCCGAUCUCCGAAGGUAGGGUUUUUCCGGAGAUCGAGGGCCAUAAAGGGGAAACGAACACCUCCGUCUUGUAAAGAGAAAGACGUGGUGAAAGAGGGUCAAGUUCUUUGCUACAUCGAGCAGCUCGGUGGCCAAAUCCCGAUCGAGUCUGAUGUUUCGGGCGAGGUUGUGAAAAUACUUAGAGAUGACGGCGAGCCAGUAGGAUACAAUGACGCUCUCAUCAAGGUCCUUCCUUCAUUCCCAGGCAUCAAGAAGCUUCAGUAAUAUGAUGGAGAAUUUCUUUCAUCGAUUUGCUCUGUGUUUGUGUUUUUCUUUGUAAUGUUCUACCAAAACCGAGAAUUAGAUUUCCCGUUUUAUGUGAUUUGGGUCACAAACUUACAGAACCAAACAUGAAUCUGAAAACACCAUGAAACAGAGAUUACAAAACCUGUUUUGUUUUUGUUUUUGUUUUCAUGAAAGAAGCUAUUUUGACCGAA